UCUCCGGGCCCUGGCGCACCUCCGCCAUGGCCUCCGACAACCUGGAAAUGAUCCUGGAGGAUGGGCCACUCCGGAUGCUGUUCCGCGAGAUGGAGUGCAACGAGGACUGCAACGCCCUGAACGUCUUCUUCUAUGUCAAGAAGAACGAGGUAUGCACCCCGCACACGGUUGUGGCCCAGAAGAACGCAGACGGCAUCUACACCACUGACUUCGAGGGCCAGACCUCCUUCCAGUUCCACGAAUUGGAUCCCGCUAGGCUCUUCGUCUUCAUCAAUAAAAUGGGGUCCAGCGGCACCACCAGCCGCCUCAGCUUCCUUGUGGUCAAAUUGAGAGUCAUAAAUGACGACCGGCUGGAGGACUACGCGAGGCUCACGGAGCAGAAUGGGAUCCCGCGGAAGUACAUCCGGCGUGUGGGCGACACAGGUGAGGCUUCGGCGGCUUCCGGGCUGACUCGGCGCUGACUCGGCGCUGACUCGGCUUUCCUCUCUCUCCAACAGACACCUGUCCACCCUGAGGACGCCUCCCUUGGAGAAGGUGCCAGAACGUUCUAGACCAUUCCAGAACCGCCCCUCCUGCACAAUGAUUCCUCCCCUGAUCGCCUCACCAUCUCCUCCCACCUGCGAACGCGCUAGUAUGCUCCGGAACAUUCUAGAGCAUUCUGGAUUGAUCCAAGAUGGUCUGGAUUGUUCCAGAAUUUCUAGAAAGCUUCGGAACAUUCUAGAAUCGGCCGUCCCCAGCUUUCUCUGCUUCCUGUUCAUGGAAUAAACUCAUCCCAGGCACAG